GGAUGGGAUGGACUCAAUGUUCCCACCCAAACACAGUUCCAUCUCCUUUACCUUUCUUGGUCAAGCCCACAGCAGUUACUCAAAGUGGAACGAAGUGUGUCGCCGGGUCAACCACUCUCUCUCACUGCUCCUCUGUCUGCAAAGGAUUUUAAACUAAACUUAUCCCUUUAACUCCUGAGCUAAGGGCACAGAGCCAGAACUGCAAUUCGAGCUGUUUUUUUCCAAGAACCAGCAACAACAAAAAAAAACCCUCCACAAGAUAACAAGGGGGUGGCGAACGGAACUGCAUGGCCAUGGCUCACUGUGGGUGAGACUGCGAGGGGAGAGCUGCAAUUUUCCAAGCAGGCUGCUGGAGGAGACGUAAAAUUGGAAGGGAAGAUGGCAACCUGCUACUAUAACGAAACAAUGAACUUUUUCUACAAUCUCACAAGUAGCUCGAGAGAAGAUAAAUUGAAGGGCAGCUAUUACCUCGGUUUGGGCUUUGGUAUAGUUUGCUGCCUGUUUAUCUUCCUGUCUAAUACCAUGAUCAUAAUCGCUGUGGUACGCAACCGACGGUUCCAUUUCCCUUUCUUCUACCUGCUUGCCAAUCUCGCGGCUGCUGACAUUUUUGCCAGCCUGGCCUAUGUCUUCCUGAUGUUUAAUACGGGUCCAGUUUCGAGAACACUGUCAGUGCACCGUUACCUGCUGCGCGAGGCGCUACUGAACGUGAGCUUCUGUGCAUCACUGUACAGCCUACUGGUAAUUGCGAUCGAACGCUACCUUUCUGUCAUCAAGAUGAGGCUCCACAGCAGCCUGUCAAAACGACGCGUCACUCUCCUGGUCCUGGUCAUCUGGGGAACUGCUAUCUUCAUGGCCACCAUCCCCAACAUGGGGUGGAAUUGCAUCUGUAACAUCAGCACUUGUUCGUCACUGGCCCCCAUUUACAGCAGGAGUUUCCUGACAUUCUGGGCUUUAUUCAACCUCUUCACACUUGGCUUUGUUGUAAUAAUAUAUCUGCGGAUUUAUAUCUACGUCAGAAAGAAAACCUUAAACUUGAUGUCUCACACCACUGGCUCCAUCAAACGCAACAAGAUGCCUAUGAAGCUAAUAAAGACCAUCGUGACGGUUCUGGGUAGGUGA